AUGAGAUUCACAGUUCUCGCUGCAAUUGUUUGUGCACUAGCAUAUACUGAGGCUUUGCCUAUUGGUGAAGAGCAUGUUCAGAAACAUGCUGUUAUGCCAUGUUCUAAGGAGGAGCCUCAAUCCAUGUUUUCCGGCAUUGUCGAAACCUUUUCGUCGUUGAUUGGCUUUGAGACAGAAGCCGAGCCAGAGAAGAAGAAUCCUUGGAAGAAGAUCGGGAAACAUGAGGGUAAGAAAUGGAAGCACUAUGGAAAGCACCAGAAGAAGAAGUGGGGCAAGAAGCCAAGGGAGGAUCCACCAUCCGACUCGGAGUUUGAGGAUUCCGAUGACGAGGAUGACGAGAUUAUUGAGAUCAAGAUCAAGAACCCAAAGAAGCACUGGAAGGAUUAUGGCAGAGACCAGAAGAAAUACUGGAAGCACCACGGAAAGGAGGAGAGAAGAAAGUGGGCACCAAAGAAGCCUGAGGAUGAUGAUGAUGAGCAGUUUGUGAUUAUGGAAGAGGGUGGUGAGGGAGAAGAUGCUCCUGAUAAGCCGGUCAAAGACCCUAAGAAGUACUGGAAGCACUAUGGUAAGGACCAGAAGAAAUACUGGAAGCACUUUGGAAAGGACCAGAAGAAGAAGUGGUCGCCAAAGAAGCCUGCAUCUGAUGAUGAGGGCGAGAAUGAGGACCAGCUACAGAAGCAGGAUGCACCACCAGAAGCUCCAGAUUGCUCAGUUGCCGCCGACCCAAAGGCUUGCUGGGAUGAUUACGGAAAAGAGCAGAAAAAGUACUGGAAGCAUUAUGGAAAGGAGCAGAAGAAGCACUGGAAGAAGUACGGAAAGCACCAGAAGGAAAAGUGGGGAAAGAAGCCUGAUGAUGGUGAAGGUGAUGGUGAAGGUGACGGUGAGGCCGAAAAGACCCAGGAGUAG